CACAAUUUAAAGCUUCGUUUCUACUGAUAGAUUUACUCAAAUCGUCCAACAUCCUAGUUACCUCAAAAUAAUCUGCAUAUAACCCUGUAUUUUCAGUAUGUGUUGUUUACUUGUUUGAUGGCUAAAAAUUGAUUGAACUCUUUUAAAUAUUCUUAACUGAAAUUUAUCGUCCGUGAAGUCAGCAACAAUGAUGUUGUUUGUGAUAAGAAUAAAUAGCACAUUUUUAACCAAUGGUCUAACAAAAUGGAAUAAAAUACAAAAUACUCUGUUUUUAGUCGUACGGUUUCACAAAAUUAUUGUAAAGCACUGUAAGUUAACAUGUUUUUAAUAAUACUUUUGUGAUGGAAUAACCUUUGAACUUUUGUUUAUUUUCCCGCUUAAUCGUCACUUUAUUUCAUAACAACUCUUAGGUCCUAAUUUUUAUCUUUUUUUCACGUAAAAAGAUGUGACAACUUAGGUUGCUUAGCCUCUGAACGAUGCAUCUUUUAUCUCAUCAAUAUCUCACCGGUUUAAAAUGUAAUGCUAGAUUUUUAAAGAGAGUGAUACAAAAUGUGCAUUCAAAUCCAUAAAAAAACAUGCUUUUUCACCUCCAAGAAGCAGGUUUUAACCAAAGGUAGCCUAAGUUCCUGUCCAAGUGAACUGUGACUGUGUUUCAACAACUUAAGAGUACAUGGGGUGUGAGAAGUUCAAAUGAAGUAUGACGCAGAAGGCAAUACACAAAGCUAUAAUUGAUGACCGUUUUAUGCACAUACACAUCUUGAUUUGAAUAUUAUUUCAUUAAAUCAUAAAUUUGAAAUUUGUACUUCAGGACCACUCUCGAACAAGAAAUGCAACGGAGAUUAUUAGAAACAACAAAAAUCCCUUUCGAGGCCCAGAAGUUUCUUCUAGUACUUCAGAACCAUUGGUUGAACGAAAGUUGGAAUCCCCUGAUAAUUUAAUUACUAACGAUCAUGAAAACCCGCUCAUCGAUUUCAAUAACACAAUUCACACCGAUUCACUAACAUUUAGGAGAGAUAAAUGUAGUCCAUGGUCGAGUAACUCAAAUGAUAAAAGUGUUUCAAGGUGGCUUGAAAAACAUUUUCAUGAUCAAAACGACAAUGAUUUUAAAUGGGACGGUCAACAUGAUGAUGACAUUUUGACACCAUGUUCAGACAAAAAAAGUGAAGAUUACAAAUGUGAACAAAAUUUAGAGUUAAUAGGGGAUAGUUUAGAUUUGAAUAUAAAUCCAAGAUUAGAAAAUAUCUGUAUGGAUUUGAAGGAAGUUUCAGGUGAUGAUGGUGAUUUACAAUACACAGAUAUCAAUGAGAAAACAGAUACUCCACCUCCAUGUUUAGUUAGACCUUCAUCUAAUUCAAUCAAUACUGCACGCCAGAUAAAUGGUUUCAAUGAUGAAUUAAAAUUGAUAACUUCAACUUCUCAUGAUGAUAAUCGACGUAAUUCCGCAGCGAUUGUUAUACAAAAAUUUUGGAGACGUCAUAGAAGAAGAUAUUUAGCAGCGGAAGCUGUAAUGUAUCGUUUGAUUGAUAAUCAAAAACGUAGAUUAAGUAAACAGAACAUAAAUAAUGGACGACCUAUUCAAUCAGUUCUACAAAGUCGUCAAAAUGAAUUAAAACAAAAAAGGAAACAACAACACCAAAAUGCUAUUAAAAUUUUUCAACAGAAUCGAUCCAAUAAAAGUUCACAAAGACAAGAAACUUUCAAAGAUAAAACAGAAAUAAAUCAUGUAUCUGAAUCAAUUCUUAUAUCUGAUAACCAACAUCAUCAUCAUCAUAUAAAUGAAGACAAAUCAAAUAUAUUAAAUAAGCCUAUAUUAACUACUAAUGAUAAUCAAUGUAAAACUUGUCAUCCUGAUAUUCCUAUUAAUACAACUACAGAACAAAAUGUACAUAAUAAAAUUGAACAAGUCUAUAAGGAGAACAAUAAUCUCUGUCAAAUUGACUAUGACAAUCUACAAAAAGAUGAAGAUAACAAAGCAUUUGAUCAACAAAAUAAUAAUAUAUCUAAAGAAAAAAAUAUAUCAGCUAUAGAUAACAUACUUCAAGAAUUAAAACAGUUAGAAAAUGUAGAACUUUUAAAUGAUCAUUCAAUGAAUAAUUCAAAACAAAUUCCUUUACAGAAAUAUUCCAUUCCAACUACAUGGUCUGAAAUGGUUAAAGAUAUUAGUCGCGUCCUAUCUGAAGCUGAACAAGAUGAAUUGCAUUCAAUUAACUUUAAUAAAUAUUGUCAUGUUCAGCGAUCUACAGGUUUAAAUAAUGUUCAAAAUAGAUCUGAUUCUAUAUUAUCUAAUUAUUCUUCAAUUGGUCAAUCAAAUUUGUCUAAUUCAUCUACAAUAACUACAAAUAAACAUACAUACCUGAAUGAAGAGAAUUUAUAUUCACAUACCAAUAGACAUAUGGAACGAGUUUGUUCACGACAAAAAGCUCAAAAACAAUUGGAUCAAUCUAUAUCUCAAUAUCGAGAGAAAUUGUCGACAUUCAUUCAGUCAAAUCAUAAUAAUCUAUGUCAUAAUCUUCCAGAAUCAAAUAAUGAUCAUAUUGGUAUUAAUCAAUAUAUAAAAUAUUCUAAGAGUCGAAACUCGGCUACAUCACAUAGAUCAUCUAAUGUAAAAAAUCAAACAACAUCUAGAUCAUUACAAUCUAGCUGUUUUAAAAGCCCUAUGAAUCCAUCAAAUACAAAUUCUAUUGGAAUAAAAGUUGAAAAUAAAUUGUCUUACAAAAAUCCUAUAGAAAGUAGUACACAAAAUCUUUAUGAUAAUGUAUCAUUGAAGAAUGGAAUGAAGCAGCUAAUUCAAAAUGAUGAUGAACAUAUCACUAAUGACAAUGAAUAUUUAUUGUUAGAAAUUGAAGAGAAAAAUGGUCAAAUAAAACGUUUACAUAGAAUUAUAGAACAUCAAAGAGAAUUAUUUUUAAAACAAUCAAAAGAUACACAACGAGAUAAUGAACAAAGAAUAGAAUCAAUGAAAGCUGAUUAUGAAUGUACAAUUAAACGAAAUUAUAAAUUAAUUGAUGAAUUAAUUGAAGAGAAAAAAGUACUUCAUAUAAAAUGUGAAGAAUUUUUAGAAGAACUAAAAACAGUCACAAAGAAAACGAAUGAAAAAAUCAAAUCACUUGAAGAAAGACACAAAGUUGAGAUGAGAAAAUUAGAGGCUAAACAUUUAGCUGCUGAAAAGUUACGCCGAGAAAAGUGGGAAACAGAAAAAGCAAAGCAUUUUAAAGAAGUUACUAUUCGUGGAAUGGAAAAUGAAGUAGCUCAAAUGAUCGCAAAUCAUAAAGCUGAAAUGGCUAGUUUACGUCAAUCAUGCGCUGAACAAAUUCAAGCAGCUGAUAUACGCGCCUAUCAAACUUAUAUGAGUCAUAUUGAAGAACUAAAACAAACGUUGAUAAAAGAAAAAGAUGAAGCCUGCUCUAGAGAAAGAGAACUUGUUGAACAACGAUUAAAUCAAACUUUAACAGAAGAACGUAAUUCUUUGGAAGCACAUAGACGUAGAUUAUUAGAUGAGAUUUCUGAUGAACGUGAAAGAUUAGCAUUGACUACAUCUAAACAAAAGAUUGAAAUGGAUAAUCUUAGAAACAAUUUAGAAAUUACCUUGACACAAGCUAACGAACAACAUAAAAUGGAAAUGGAACAAUUAAAAGCGGAUUUAAUUCAAAGACAUAAGGAUGAAAUAGCUGAAUUGAAUCAACGUAAUUUGGCUGAACGUAUAGCAUGGGAAGAACAUACUAAAUCAUUGUUAGAAUCUCAGUAUACUUCUAGAGAGACUAUACUAAAAGAACAACUCAAGAAAGAACGAGAUCGCUUGUUAGAAUCUGCAAUUCAUCGACUUGAAGCUGAAGCAAAUGAAGCAAAGUUAGAAACUGAUCGGCAGGCAGAACUGAAAGUGAAACGUGUACGUGAAAAAUUUCAAGCUGAAAUAGAGGAACUUGAAAGAUCAGAGAGACAAGCAAUGGAGAAAUAUUGUCUAAUGAAGACUCAAUUUUUAGAUAAAGAACAUGAAGCAGAUAGACUUCGAUCACAGUUAACUCAGAAAGAUCAAGAAUUAACUGAAAUUCGCUUAUUAUAUGAAAAACUUAAUCAAGAACGUCAAAAUAUUACAGAUGUAAUACGUCAAGAAUUUGCUGAUCGACUUGUUUAUGUAGAAGAAGAAAAUAGAUCGAUGAAACGUGAAAUAGCCGAAUUGAAAGCCCGUUUAAAAGCUGAACAAGAAAAAUAUGAAAAAGAAAUUGAUUCUAUUAAAAAGUUAAACAAUUCAGAAAUAGAAACAGUCCACCAAAAAAUUAAAGAGAUCAUUAAAAAGAAAGAGGAAAAAUUCACUAUAUUCCAAGAAACUUUUCAAAUUGAACUUGAGAAAAAAGAUCGUGAAUUGAAUGCAGCCAAUCAAAGAGCUCAACAUUUGGAAGAGUUGAUAGAUCAUCAAAGAAAACAAUUUUUUACAAGUUAAUCAUUAAUACUUUUUAAUAAAAUGUAUUUUGAAGAUGUUUUAUUUGAAAAUACUUAAAUGUUGUUUAUUUAACUCUUCCAUGGCAACUUUGCCUGUAUGCUAUAGGUUUGUUUGUUUGUUUGUUUGUU